AUGCAGUUGUACUUUUCACUUUCUCCUUUGGCGUUGCUGGCGCUCGUGCAAGUGGUGGCUGCGGCGGCCAACAGCUCGCAUCUGCACCAGCACGAUGCGUCCUUUACGCCAGACCACUACCUGCGCGUCACGUACGAAAACCACACGGUAGCAUGCCAACACCGCAUGUCGGUGCUGGUGAACGGCACGUCGCCGGGCCCGCCGCUGCGUCUCCCGCCGGGCAAGACGAGCUGGGUGCGCGUGUGCAACGACAUGGACGCGUACAACACCACAAUGCACUGGCAUGGCCUCUCGCAGCGCACCGCGCCCUUCAGCGAUGGCUCGCCCGUCUCGCAGUGGCCGAUUGCACCGCACCAGUGCUUCGACUACGAAGUGCAUCCGGAGAUUGGGGAUGCGGGGACGUACUUUUACCACUCGCACAUCGGGUUCCAGGCCAUCUCGGCCGCUGGUCCUCUUAUCGUUGAGGAUUUCGCGUUGCCGCCGUACGAGUAUGACGAGGAGCGUGUGGUGUUUUUGCAGGAUUACUACAAUAAGACUGACGAUGCGAUUGAGCAUGGCCUUACAGCGACGCCGUUUGUGUGGAGUGGCGAGGUAAAUGCCGUGCUGGUCAAUGGGGUGGGAGUUGCGGUUGGCGAGACGGCUGGCAGGGCCGGAUGCAAGAUGCCUGUCAUUCAUGUCGAGGCGGGCAAGACGUACCGGGUGAGGUUUGUAGGUGCGCUGGCCAUCAGCAUGGUUUCGUUUGGAAUCGAGGGGCAUUCGGAAUUGGAUGUCGUUGCUGCUGAUGGUCAAUACACACAGCCACACAGAGUGGGACACAUGCAGAUAACAUCCGGACAGCGCUUUGAUGUGCUUCUGCGAACGAAGACGGUGGAGGAGUUGGGAGGGAAGACGGAUUGGAUGGUUCAAUUCGAGACGAAAGAUCGACCGAGCGUGUAUAGGGGCUUCGGGGUGCUGCGGUACUCGAACGCAAAACCGAGGAUUACCAGCGCGCCCAGCAUCGCGCCAUUGCAGCUACCCAACGCCACGUACGAGUUUCUCGAAUACGCACUGCAGCCGCUCAGACCCAACGGGUUUCCUACUGCGGAGCAAGUAACACGGCGCGUGCACAUCACGAACCAGCAACUGACAAAAUCCACGAUCAUCUGGCAGCUCGACGGGCUCAACUGGACCGAAGACAAAGCGUACAACGCGCCGCCCUAUCUGGUCGACAUCUAUAGGAACGGAGCUGCUGCCAUGCCAAACUACACCGCCGCGCUGGCCAACGGCGGGUGGGAUCCCACGACGCUCGCCUGGCCCGCCAAGAUCGGCGAGGUGCUGGAGAUUAUCCUCGAGAACACGGGGAGUCUGGUCAAUGGUAAUGGUGGCGUCGACUACCACCCUUUCCACCUACAUGGCGGACACUUCUACGACUGUGGUAGCGGGAACGGGUCGUUCGACGCCGCUGCGAACGAGGAGCGGUUGAAGGAUUACCACCCUGUGUUGAGAGAUACCACGAACUUGUACCGGUACGGAGCGCAGGGGACGCCGGCGCAGCCGGCUGGUUGGCGGUGCUGGCGGCUGAAGGUGCAGGAUGCUGGGUGCUGGAUGCUGCAUUGCCAUGUUUUGCAGCAUAUGAUUAUGGGAAUGCAGAGCGUGUGGGUUAUGGGCGAGUAUGAGGACAUUGCGCGGAUUCCGUAUUCGGGCGCGCAGGGGUAUCUCGAGUUUGGGGGAACAGCGUACGGUGGGGAUGAUAAUUCGCCUGUUGCGUGGCAUAACUGGGACGAUGAUGCAGAUGGUGGUGAAUAG